UCCCCCUCCCCUCAUCACCAGAACACAUGACCAACUCUGUUCGCAUCACAGAGGAAAUAGGUGAGACGUUUCUCAGGGUAUAAAUGACGAGGGGUUUAGGCCAGAGUACACAUGCUCUCCUGUCUGCUCCUCAAGAGGACCACCAGAGGACAACCAGAACCAGUACACUCUAGUACCAGGAGACACCAGAACCAGAAGUAGAGUGCAGCACCAGUACACUCUAGUACCAGGAGACACCAGAACCAGAAGUAGAGUGCAGCACCAGUACAGUGUAGUACCAGUAGACUCCAGGAUGUCUCCCUGCUCUCUCCUCCUAUCCCUGCUGCUGGCUGCAGCGCUGCAGUGUGAGCGUGCCCAGUGCAGACGUGUGAUGUGCUCCGACCGCUGCUGCUCCUUCAUAGAGGGCUUCCCCGUCAGACUGAAGGAACUCCGCACCGCCUUCUCCACCAUCAGAGACUACUACGAGGCUAACGAUGAUCUGGAGACAGUCCUGCUGGACGAAGGGAUUCUACACCACUUCAAGAGUCCGUUGGGGUGUCACGCUAUGGACAGCAUCCUGAAGUUCUACCUCGACACGGUGUUUCCCACCGCCAUGAACAACAGAACACAGAACAACAACGACUUUAAAUCUCCCAUCGACUCCAUGGGAAACAUCUUCCACAUGCUGAAGAAAGAGAUCGUCCAAUGUAGGAACUACUUCUCCUGUAAGAAACCAUUUGACAUCAACGAGUUCACCUCCUCGUAUAAGAAGAUGCAGGAUAAGGGCCUGUAUAAGGCAAUGGGAGAGCUGGACCUGCUCUUCAACUACAUCGAGGAGUACCUGGUCUCUCAGAGACGCAAACACUGACCCCUGACCCUGAGCCUGGACCAAUCAGAAUUAGCCAAAGUUCUGUGGGUAACCCUAACCUCUAAUAACCUCAAAGUCCAAACAUCUAAACUGCAGUCCAGGAAUCUGGGACUGCGUCUUUGUGGAAGACCAUGAGACUAAAGUGUAUUGGUCCUGAGGACCUUCUCUUUAAAGUCCUGAACCACAUUUAGCCUCAGGUUCAUCAAAACUUUAUUACUGAGUCAUAUUGACUGAAACAUUCUGCUGUAAAGUUGAAUUCGUAGAAUUUUUAGGAUUGACUCUCUGGACGUCCUUCCUCAGAUAUAGUACAGUCAUGAUGUGAUGUUAAUCUAACCACCAUGUGGAGGAAGGAAUCAUAUGUUACUGUAAAUUUACCUUAACAUGUUUUAAUAUGUGAUCAUUGACUGAUCUGUAAU